AUGCCAACGGUCCCUGUUCGAAGCUUGAAUCACGUCGAGAUUCGAGUGGAGAAUUACCAUGACUCUGAAACGGUAAUUUCGGUGUUUUUUUCUUUCAAAUUUCCAGCUUUCUCAUUUAAUUUCAGGUGCUCUUCUGCAUCAUGGCCUGCUUCGUAUUUAUCGGUCUUGUCGGUUCGGGAAUCUGGUGCCUGCUCGCCGCCCGAAAUGUUCACGGUACUGAAAGAAGUGAUUUGUAUGAAAAAGUGAGAAAAUGUGAUUUUUCAGAAGAGAGAAAAGUGAUUGCGCUGACUUUGGACGAUCACGAUGAGGAGGAGAAAAGGGAGAAGAAGAAGGGAUCUCGGUCGGACGCCGGUUCCGAUGUGUCGUCGUGUGAAAUUGAGGUGGAGAAGGAGAACGAGCAAGCAGGAGCCGGAGCCGGAGCCGGAAGCCAUCUGAGCACUCUUGCCAAGAGCUUCAUGUUCUGGAAAUGA